AUGAACGUGGCAUCACUUACGACUCCGGAGGUGUACGGAUGCUUAUGUUCUCUCAAGCACCACCGAGCUUCUGGUCCGGAUGACCUCCUACCCGCUCUGUUCAAAGAUGGGAGUGAAUUCAUCAGUCAGCGCUUGUCUGAUCUGUUUGCUUGCUUUUGGGAAAAGGAAUCUGCCCCAGACAAUUGUUGUCUCGAUGGACGACAUUUCAACAUGCCUGAGAUAUGGGUCUCCGAUGAUGAAGACGACACACAUCCAAACAUUGACACUCCCAGUCUGUUCCGAUGGCGGCAUCAAGCUCGCCUUGAGCGCGAUGCUGCAUGGAAAAAAGAAAAGGCUGAAUUUGAGGGAAAGUACAAGGUGUUUUUACAAAAAUACAAUGAAUUAAAGAAGCGGCUUAACGAAGCGCAACAGCUGGAUGUUGAGGAUCGGGAAUGGCAUGAGAAGGAAGAAGAAAUGAAGAAGAAAGAAAGGGUAAUGUGUUGUUCUGUCCCUUCCUCCAACUGUUUUUUUCCUGCCAGCUGCGACCUUGGAAUAUUGACACAAUAUGCCAUGAGGGAAAGUCGAAAACGACAGGAGAAGAGUGCAAGGGUCUCACCGACGUCUCCAGGGACAGUUAAGGGGUUUUUGUGGAGAUUUCUUCCUAUUAUUAAUUCAGCCACGUUGAAGCAUGAAGAUGCUGCCACAUCAGAAGCUUCCGAAGAAGCUGCCAUCAACCGCCUCAAGGAUUUCGUAAAGAAGCACAACAAAACCAUACGCAAGUUCGGAAUGUUUCAAAAGCCCUUGGAUUCGCAAAACUUCUUACUGGAACAUCCCUUUUUGGUUUGUGAAGAGACGGCAAAUCAGUUGGUACUGUGGUGUAUCGAUCUUGCUAUGGAAGAGAAAUAUGAUUUAAUGAAUCACGUCUCGCACCAGUGCAUAGUCAUGCAGUUCAUGCUGGAGCUGGCCAAGUCUUUGAAGUGUGACCCUCGUGCUUGCGUCCGUCCAUUCUUUGCCAAAUUCAUGAAUCCAGAACCCGAAUAUCAAAAAGCAUUUGAUGACGAGCUUUCAGCCUUUCGUGACCGUAUCCGUGCCCGUGCGAAAGUCCGGAUCGAGGAAGCCAUGAUGAAGUUGGAAGAAGAGGAACGUGAAAAACGUCUUGGUCCUGGUGGUUUGGAUCCAGUUGAAGUUUUUGACACUCUUCCUCCAGCCCUUCAGGAAUGCUUCGAGAAAAAGGAUGUUGAAAUGCUCAAAACUGUUCUUUGUGGCAUGGACCCGAAAGAUGCUGAGUAUCACAUGAAACGCUGUGUGGACAGCGGACUUUGGGUAGACAAUGUGAACAAAGAAGAGGAUGGAGAGGAAGAGGGAAAGGAGACCACCGGGUCGCCAGCUCAACCUGGUCAGCCAACUGAAGGUGAUGUGGCUUCCCAGCAAUCCUCGGACCCUAUUGUGUAACCGCACACACACGUACACAUCUGUGGCCAAUCCAAAUUGAUUCAUUCAUUGUUUUCACUUGAGAAACGGUGCGGCGAUCUACCAACUAUGCACAUAUUUGCCAUCUCUUAGUUGAAUCGGGCUAUCGCUCUGCAGCACAUCUAACUCAUCUCUGCCUCGUUCAGUGUUAAAGCGUUUCACAUAUUCUGCUCACCCCGAGCUUGUAUUACUUUAUUGCCACUUGGCUAAAAGCUGCUGCAUCGAUUAGGAAUCAGUUGUGG